AUGACUAAAGGAAUUGCAAUAUUUUUAUCAGUAUUCUUAUUAUCAAAUAUGACUAUGAAUAGUGUGGAUGGAAAGAUGUGUUUUGCGACAAAAUAUUCUGAUUUGAUAGAUAAUUGCACUGAAGUUCCAACACAUCUAAUUCUUGAUAUGAAGAAUAAAGGUAUUCAUUUUUGGUUCUGAAUGGGAAAAUAGUCAUCGAUUCAUAAAAAUCUGUGGGGAUUUGAUCACCCAAAUUUUUCAGUGUUUUUUCAAAACUAAAAAUAUCAAAUUGCAGAGCGAGAUUGGGUUAUUGACAGAUUACAAACUAUAACUCAAAUCAACCAAUUAACAAUUUCCAACUACAUCGGAAAAAUCAUCGAUUUUUUCCCAGCAUUAGAAAUCAUUGAGGAAAACUUGAUAUUCGAAAGAAACCCAAAACUGGAAGGAUUUUUAUUCCCGAACUUGACUGAAAUUGGCGGAUCUAUUGAUUUUGUUGACGAUGGAUAUGUGUUCAAUUUACAAAAAAAUAAGAAGAAUAUUAAGUAUAUGCAUUGUGAGUUUUUUUUUUAAAUUAAUCUCGAAAUGUGAUUUUUUUCAGACCUUGAACAAUCUGUGGGAUUAACAAAUGCGUGUCUAAACAUAAGUGUAAAAGUAACCGAUAGCAAAGAAAUUCGAGAAUUGAAAACUUCCGAAAUGAAACUAGAAUUAAUGCGAGUCAUACUUAUAACUUUUAUUAUUCUUGGAAUGCUUCUUAUGUGUUUCUCGUGUGGUGCAAUCGGAAAUAAUAUUCGAAAUCAGAAAAAUAAGCGAAAACCAUUUCCGAUUAUUAAUUUUUUUAAAGCUGUUCGAGAAAAUAUGUAUACACGAUAG